UUGGCCGCCUUGUCUUGCUGUCCUCCGCGAGUGCCAAGGGUUGAAGCCAAACGCAGCGGACUUCGAUGAACAGUCAAACAAGAUGAUGGCGGACAAAUAUCUACCUAAUCUGACCCUUUUCUCCCACGACAAGGAUCAAUUGACCAUUGUUGUUCCUUACCCGAUACAUAUACAAAUAGCUGACCACCUACCUGCCUUCUACACUUGAACCUUGGCCUCUGCUGGUCUGGUUCCGUUCAUGUAACAUAGUGCAAAACUCCACUUGAUCAAACUCCCGCCGCUUCCAUCGUUGGUUAACUAUUCCCACUAAACUACUACACUGCAACUACAUUCUCAGCAGGGCUUCUGUCCAUUGAAGCCCAAGGCCGCACUCAGGCUCACGACAUUCCUUAUCGGGUCUUCUUUGACUUCAAUGUUUCGUCGUCGUAUUGGAUCUUGUACUCGUCGCAAUUGACGUAUCUCUUACUUUUACUCCCGCCGCAAAACCAUGAGCGACCCUCAACGCGAUGCCCCGCCGUUGAGCGCCAACAUUCCCGCUGCCACUACGACCACGACGGUUCUGCCCACGACAAACGGCUCUGCCAAAGGCGACGACGUUCCCGAUGCCGGACUGAGAAGUCUCGAUCACUGUACGCCUCAAUAUCGACCUCUCUCGCGCCGCGCGCUUUGCUGAUUGCUCUUCUCGCAGACAAGCGCGCCCUGCCGAAAUGGCGGUACAAUCUGCGCCAACAGAUGCUGCCUCUGAUCCGCUGGGAGACACCUUACCUUGCGUGGAUGCAGGAGAAGUUACGGACUCCAGCUCUCGAUAGCUACUUCGCCAUUACUGCCAACCUCGGAACCCAUACCUUCUUCAUGAUCGGAUUACCCAUCUGCUUCUGGUGUGGUUAUGCAGCAUUUGGCAAGGGACUUGUGCAUAUUCUUGCGCUCGGUGUCUUCUGGACAGGCUUUAUCAAGGACUUCUACUCUCUCCCGCGACCACUUUCGCCUCCUUUGCACCGAAUCACAAUGUCUGGUUCUGCAGCCCUCGAAUAUGGUUUCCCUUCGACCCAUAGCGCCAAUGCCGUAUCCGUCGCUGUAUAUGCGCUUCUGAUACUACGCAGUCCCGAUAACACGCUAGCUCCAACCACCAAGUUCGCACUCGAAUGUCUCUCAUACUUCUACGCUGCUUCGAUCAUAUUUGGGCGCUUGUACUGUGGCAUGCAUGGCUUCCUCGACGUAAUUGUAGGGUCUAUCAUGGGUGCCGCUAUUUCUCUGCUCGAAUUCUACUACGGACCUCCCCUGGAUGAAUAUAUGCACUCCAGCUCUUGGGCUGCGCCUCUCGUAGCUGCCUUGAUUAUCCUUGUACUCGUGCGCAUUCAUCCUGAGCCGGCAGACGAUUGUCCAUGUUACGAUGACAGUGUUGCCUUUGCUGGUGUUGUCAUUGGUCUCGAAUUUGGCACUUGGACGUACGGCAAGAUUGCGUUGGAUCCUUGGGAGACUCAUGCGCAUGGUGGAGGAUCGGUGGAUAUUACGCACUUGGGAUUGGCUGCCAACGUGGCUAGGAUCGUCUUCGGCGUUCUUGUCGUCUUUGCGUGGCGCGAGACGAUGAAGCCUCUACUGCUUAAGCUCUUGCCUCAUCUAUUCCGAAUAUUUGAACAGGUUGGCGUGAACAUGCCUCGACGAUUCUUCACGCCUGCUAGUAAGUACAAGACUGUACCAACAGGCUCUCGUAUCGAUACUCUUUUCCCUUCGCCCUCCGACUUCCCACGCAUGGUCGAGAGUAUCCGAAACCCUACCACCCGAGGUCGCUCUGUGUCGAUUGGUCCUCAGAGUGCCGCAGAUGCAUACGAGACCUUGGCGUAUAGAGAGCGCAAGCGACGCGAGAGUGUCAGCAGUAACCAUAGCUUGAAGAGCAAGUCAAGCAACCUGGAGCUCCAGACCACGCAUGAGGACUAUUCUGGCAAGGGAGCUCAGGCGUCUGGUGCACAGGCAAACCGAAUCGUCGAAUUCGAGCAGAUGAUGGGAACCGGCGAGGUUGUGACAACACCGGCCGCCGAUGAUGAUCGGGUCGAGAUCUUUGUUACGGGCACUGAGGACGGAUUGGGAGAGCGGGAGAUGUUCUCGCAAUUAAUCAAACCUCGUGUGCGAUACGACGUCGAGGUCGUAACUAAGCUCGUGGUUUACACUGGCAUUGCUUGGUUUGCGGUGGCUAUUAUCCCCAUAAUGUUUGAGAUUGUGGGCUUGGGGACGAAUCAGUUACGUGAACGAUGAGUGAUGAGAUGAAAUGAGACAAGAGAGGUCACCGCCUUGUAUUAUUUUCUAGUGGCCUCCAGGAUACAAUUAGAUACUCUUCUUUUUAAUGACCAUAUAGGGUGAUGAAUGAUGGGCGCUGGAAUGGUUUAUUGGUUAUGUAACCGUCGGGUUUCUGUGGGUGAUAUAUCUCUAGACAACUUUAGAGUUGCAAUUGAUACUGAGUUGUAUUCACCGUAGUAUAUCCGAAUCAGUGCUAUAACGACCUUUUAUUUGGAAACAAUACCGUUC